CAGCAGGCAGUAUCACACACAGCUCUGGCGAAGACCAGAGGGGAGGAGCGCGGGGACCUCACAUCCGGUGUGGAGUGGAAGUCCGGUGGAGCGCACAGGCCGGAAGUCGGGUGGACCGCACAGGCCGGAAGCCGGGUGAGUAACGUGCUGCGGGUGAGGGGAGAAGUCCGAGCCCAGGAGCCUGUGGUGGAGUAGGAGUAUAUAGAGGAACACAGGGGUCUGUACAAGGACGUGAUGAUGGAGAAUCACCGGCCCCUCACAUCACUGGAUGAAUCCAAUAACAGAAAUACCCCAGAGAGAUGUCCCCAGUCUCUUUAUACAGCGGAAGAUCACACGAUCCCACAGAAGAAUCAGGGUGAAGAUUUGACUAAUAUUAAAGUAGAAAAUGUAGAGGGAGAAGAAGAGACGUAUGUGACUGAUAUGAAGGUAGAAGAUAUACAGGGAGAAGAAGAGAUGUUUGUGACUGAUUUGAAGGCAGAAGAUACAGAGGGAGAAGAAGAGACGUAUGUGACUGAUGUGAAGGUAGAAGAUACAGAGGAAGAAGAAGAAGAGACGUAUGUGACUGAUAUGAAGGCAGAAGAUAUAGAGGGAGAAGAAGAGACGUAUGUGACUGAUUUGAAGGCAGAAGAUACAGAGAGAGAAGAAGAGACGUAUGUGACUGAUAUGAAGGCAGAAGAUAUAGAGGGAGAAGAAGAGACGUAUGUGACUGAUAUGAAGGCAGAAGAUAUAGAGGGAGAAGAAGAGACGUAUGUGAUUGAUAUGAAGGCAGAAGGUAUAGAGGGAGAAGAAGAGACGUAUGUGACUGAUAUGAAGGCAGAAGAUAUAGAGGGAGAAGAAGAGACCUAUGUGAGAGGUGAUCAGAAGUGUAAGGAGGAGGAAAUCCCUACAGAUAUCAGCAGAGAUGGAUGUAACAGAAGAGAUAUAUGGCAGGAGCAUCUCUCUUUGUCUCCAGAUUGUGACAUAGACGAUAACACCAGAAGAGAUUAUCCAGCAGAAACUCCUAUUACCUCACCUAUGCAUCCAGAUCUUCACAGUACAGAUCCGUCAUCUGACCCCACUUAUCAUGAAGAAUGUUCUGAUAGAGUAGAUACCAAAUACUUUACACAGGACACAAAGCCUAUUACCCAUCAGCCAGCUAAGACAUUUUCAUGUUCUGAGUGUGGGAAAUGUUUUACAUGCAAAUCACAUCUUGAUAGACAUGAGAGACGUCACACAGGUGAGAGGCCAUUUCCAUGUUCUGAGUGUGGGAAAUGUUUUAUACAGAAAUCAGAUCUUGUUAGACAUGGGAGAACUCACACAGGGGUGAAGCCAUUUCCAUGUUCUGAAUGUGGAAUAUGUUUUACACAUAAACCACAUCUUGUUAUACAUAUGAGAAGUCACACAGGUGAGAAGCCAUUUCCAUGUUCUGAUUGUGGGAAAUGUUUUACGCAGAAAUCAGAUCUUCUUAUACAUGAAAGAAGUCACACAGGCGAGAAGCCAUUUCCAUGUUCUGAGUGUGGGAAAUGUUUUACACAUAAACCAUAUCUUGCUAUACAUAUGAGAAGUCAUACAGGUGAGAAGCCAUAUCCAUGUUCUGAUUGUGGGAAAUGUUUUACACAAAAAUCAGAUCUUGUUACACAUGAGAGAUGUCACACUGGUGAGAAGCCAUUUUCAUGUUCUGUGUGUGGAAAAUGUUUUACACAGAAAUCAAAUCUUGUUAAACAUGAAAAAAGUCACACAGGUGAGAAACCAUUUUCAUGUUCUGAGUGUGGGAAAUGUUUUGCGCACAAAUGGCUUCUUGUUACACAUCAGCGCCAACACACAGGUGAAAGACCGUAUUCAUGCUCUGAGUGUGGGAAAUGUUUUAUGGGCCAUUCAAAUAUUAUUAGACAUAAGAGAAGUCACACAGGUGAGAAGCCAUUUCCAUGUUCUGAGUGUGGGAAACGUUUUACACAAAAAUCGCAUCUGGUUAAUCAUCAGAGACAUCACACAGGUGAGAAGCCUUUUCCAUGUUCCGAGUGUGGGAAAUGUUUUACACAAAAAUCACAUCUGGUUAAACAUCAGGGAAGUCACACAGGUGAGAAGCUGUUUCCAACUUCUGAUUGAGAGAAAUGAUAAAAAUCAGAUCUCGUUAAACAUUACAUUAAUCACACAUUUUAACAGGUAAAACUUUGCAUAUUUGCAGGUCGAAAGUAUUUUGACCUAAAGAACAGAUGUAGUAAGAACGUAUUUGGCAUAGUAUAUCACCAGGUACAGGCUCUUUAUUGACUUUUCACAUUAUUUCAUUAUUAUGCUGUUAUUGUUUGCGCUACUUAUCAGUUUGUAUUCUUUUUUUUUUUCUUUUUCUUUUUUUUCUUAUCCAUUUGGUAAUAUAACAUCCACCCAUUGAGCUGAUGGGAUGGAAAGUCACUUUCUGCA